AUGACCGCCGCCGCCGUCCCAUUUGUCUUUAGCGCCAAAAGCCGCAAGGCUUUAUUGCCUUUUCGUUCGCGUAUUAGCCGUGCAUACUGCGGCGGUGACCCUUUUUACCACCCCGCCAACCCACCCCUCAUCGAGGUGCAAUCCACGUCGGUGAUUACACAUAGUGAUAAACUGGUUCGGGGUACUGGGCGGGCGGGUGCCUCGGCGGGUGAAGGAACGAAGCGAGGGGGUAAAACGCAUUUUGCGGAAAAGCGGUCGGCGCAGAAUAUUCGCUAA